GGGAACUGCUGCUAUAAUAACAGCAAGUCAUUUUAAAAGCGGCCCUUCACCAGCAGGAGGCGGUAAUGAGACCAGAUCAAGUUCACAUCGUGUGUAGUGCGACAGACAAGAAGACAGGGAGGAAGUCAGAGCCGUGGACCGAUGUCAUACAAACUCAGCUGAAAAAUGAAGACUCUGAUGGUGUUUGACUUUGACCACACUGUGGUUGAUGACAACAGUGACACUUGGGUGAUAAGAAGCCUUCCCUCUCAGACUCUUCCUGACUCUGUAAAGAAAUCCUACAGAAAAGGCCACUGGACUGAGUUCAUGGGCAGAGUGAUGAAGUACAUAGGAGAGCAGGAGGUCAGCCCCGACAGCAUCCGCAGCGUUAUGGAGACCAUCCCCUUCACAGCUGGGAUGAAAGACUUGCUGACCUUCAUUUCAGAGCAUAAAAGCACCAUUGACUGUAUAGUCAUCUCUGACUCCAACUCCUUGUUCAUAGACUGGAUCAUCCAGGCAUCCGGAUUCCACGCUGCCAUCGAUCAGGUUUACACCAACCCAGCUAAGUUCAACGAGCUCGGGUACAUGGAGGUGCAGAACUACCACUCUCAUGACUGUGAUCAAUGCUCCGUAAACCUCUGCAAGAAAAAGGUUCUGGAAGUGUAUCUGUCAGAGCAGUCCGAUAGAGGGGUAGAGUACGAGAAGGUAUUUUACUCAGGGGAUGGCAGGAAUGAUUUCUGCCCCACUUCCUGUCUGAGAGGGAAUGAUUUUGUGAUGCCCAGGAAGGGGUACACCCUGGAGAAACUGCUGGUCACACUGCAAGAUCAGAAAGAUAACUCUUCUCUGAGAGCUAAAGUCAUAGCCUGGAGCAGUGGCACUGACAUCCUCGAGGAACUGAAAGCAAGUAUCAAGUUUUAGCCAUGAAGUACAAAACUUGGUCCAAUCCUAAGUGGUAGCACUAAUGGAAAAAAUUGAGUCUGUACUGUAGAGGGGACAUGCUGCUCCCCAUAAUUGUUGGAUUUUUGUUUUUCAAAUUGUUGAGAAAGUAGUACAAUUCUGUUUCUAAAAUGUUUUCAAUCAUGAUUAAAACCCUUGAGAUGUGGUUUUUACUUUGAAGAACAGUAAUUACCAGUUGAACAAGAUUAGACUCGAAAAAAUACAUUACAAAAUCAAUGUUUACAUUGAACUGAAAUUUAGUGAUCAAGGUUUACAAAAAAAAAACCUGUUCGAGACACUGGGUUAACUUGCAACUAAGUCUUGAACUUUCCCAUCAAAUGAAGGAUACAGUUAGAGUUAGAGCAGAAAUACAUUUAGCAGAUAGGGCUGCUGUUUAAUGGCAACUGGUGCUGAAUAAAAGUAUACAUUUUA